GCAGAGCUUGGUGAUAAACAAUUCUCUGUGCUUAUUGAUGAAUCACGUGAUAUAUCUGUGAAAGAGCAAAUGGCGGUGAUGUUGAGGUUUUUGAAUGACAAAGGAAAGGUUUCACUAAAGAAUGCUCUUUAUGGUAUUCUUGAUCAUUAUAAGUUAUCUAUUUCAAGGAUACGAGGGCAAGGAUAUGAUGGUGCUUCAAAUAUGAGAGGCGAGUUUAAUGGUUUGCAGAAAAAGAUCAUGGAUGAAAACCCUUUUGCUUUCUAUGUUCAUUUCUAUGCUCAUCGUUUGCAGUUGGUGGUUGUCUCUGUUGCUAGUGGUUGCUCAUCUAUUCAUGAUUUCUUUGAGUACAUCUCGUUAAUUGUGACCACAACAACUACACCUUGCAAGAGAAGGGAUGCAUUGACAGAGGCACAACACCAAGAUAUUCUGGAUAGACUUGAGAGUGGUGAGAUAUCUACAAGAAGGGGCUUGCACCAAUCAUCUACUCUUGCUAGGCCAUGUGACACUAGAUGGGGUUCCCAUCAUACUACUUUGCUUCGUUUGAAUCAAAUGUGGUCCUCUGUGUUACAUGUACUUAGUACGGUUGAUGAACAUGGACGUGGGCCAUCUCAAGCAGCAGGUUUGAUAGAAAAAAUGGAGAGCUUUAAAUUUGCUUUCAUUCUAAAGCUUAUGUUGAAGUUGUUUGGCAUCACAAAUGAGGUCUCAAAAGUCUUGCAAAGAAAAGAUCUUAAUAUUGUGCUUGCCAUGGAAUUAGUGGCUGAUGUCAAAGCUCGGCUGGCAACAUUAAGAGAGAGUGGUUGGGAUGAUUUAUUUUGUGAUGUUCAAGAAUUUUGUGCUGCUAAUAGUAUUCCAGUGCCAAACAUGGAUGAAGCAAUACCAGUUCGUGGUCACUCAAGGAGAGCAGGGAGGACUAUCACUAAUCUUCACCAUUACCGUGCAGAGAUUUUUUAUGUUGCUAUUGACAAAAUAUGCGUGGAGAUGGACCACCGCUUUAGUGAAGGAGCUAAUGGUGUGCUUGAUUGCUUCUCAUGUCUUGACCCCAAUCAUUCUUUCUCAAAGUUUAAUGUUGACAAGCUUGCACAUCUUGCUGAAAUUUAUCACGAUGACUUUUCCAAUGAUGACCGUGGAACAAUAAGAGAGCAGCUUCUCACUUAUAUAAGCCAAGUGAAAAGGCAUGCUUCUUUUUCUACUUGUGAUGGUGUUCAAAGUUUGGCCAUGAAGAUGGUUGAAACUGAGAAACAUUUGGUAUUUCCAUUGGUAUACAAACUUAUUGAGUUGGCUUUGAUAUUGCCGGUGUCAACGGCAUCUGUUGAGAGAGCUUUUUCAGCAAUGAAGAUUAUCAAGACUAAACUGCGUAGCAAGAUCAAUAAUGAAUGGUUCAAUGACUUGAUGAUAUGUUACACCGAGCGGGAGUUAUUCAAGUCAGUUGAUGAUAAGGAUAUUAUUCGAACAUUUACUGCAAUGCGGUCUCGGAAAGGGCAUUUGCCUCGUAACUUUCUUUAG